UCAGCCAUCGCCUUGAGCCAAUGAGCAGAUGCAUGCGGAUGACGUCAGACGAGAUGCGACUCCUCCCAUCCACCCUCUCGCGAAGCGCCUGGCGACCGCUGAAACCGGCUUUGAACUCGUGGGGGUCUUGACUUCCCCGUGUUUAUCUCGCCCCAUGUGCACCUCGCAGCUCGCGCUACUGCAGGUGUUCUUCCUGAUGGUCCCCGAGGGCAUCUGGCCUCAGCCCUCUUUCUCCCCGUCAGGGGAUGUGCCCACCCCUUCGGACGUGGGGCCAGGGUCGCCGGGCGGGACCCUUCAGUCGUCCUCGGAGGGGUCUGAAACUCCCUGGCCUGUGUCUGGGAUCUCUACGGUGGACCCUAUGGUCGUGACCCCCUCUGCACCUGGGAAUGGGACCGUAGACCUCUUCCCAGUCUUACCGAUCUGUGUCUGUGACUUGACCCCUGGUACCUGCGACAUAAAUUGCUGCUGCGACAAGGACUGCUAUCUUCUCCAUCCGAGGACGGUUUUCUCCUUCUGCCUUCCAGGCAGCGUGAGAUCUUCAAGUUGGAUGUGCGUGGACAACUCUCUUAUCUUCAGGAGUAAUUCCCCAUUUCCUUCAAGAGUUUUCAUGGAUUCAAGUGGAAUUAGGCAGUUUUGUGUCCAUGUGAACAACUCAAAAUUAAACUAUUUCCAGAAGCUCCAAAAGGUCAAUGCAACCCAUUUCGAGGCCCUGGCUACAGAGUUUGGAAGUGGAUCAUUCACUUCAACAUUCCAAACCAAGUUGCCACCACCUCAUUACAGGGCUGGGGACCCCAUUUUGACUUACUUCCCCAAGUGGUCUGUAAUCAGCUUGCUGAGGCAGCCUGCAGGAGUUGGAGCUGGGGGGCUCUGUGCUGAGAGCAAUCCUGCAGGUUUCCUGGAGAGUAAAAGUACAACCUGUGCUCGUUUCUUCAAGAACCUGACAAGUAGCUGCACCUUGGAUCCAGCCCUCAAUGCUGCCUCUUACUAUAACUUCUCAGUCUUGAAGGUUCCAAAAGGUAUGACUGAUCUGCAGAAUAUGAAGUUCCAGGUUCCUGUAACCCUUAUCUCACAAGCUCGUUCUCCUCUCUUGUCUGGAAACACUUGUCAGAAUGUGGUUUCCCAGGUCAUCUAUGAGAUAGAGACCAAUGGGACUUUUGGAAUCCAGAAAGUCUCUGUCAGUUUUGGACAAACCAACCUGACUGUCGAGCCAGGCACUUCCUUCCAACAACACUUUCUCAUUCGCUUCAGGGCUUUUCAACAGAGGACAGCUGCUUCUCUUACUGGUCCUAGAAGUGGGAAUCCUGGCUAUAUUGUUGGGAAGCCACUUUUGGCCCUAACUGGCGAUAUAAGUCACUCUAUGACCCUCUUACAGAGCCAGGGUGAUGGAAUUUGCUCUGUUAAGAGAUAUGAAGUACAAUUUGGAGUGAAUGCAGUAUCUGGAUGCAAGCUCAGGCUGAAAAAGGUGGACUGCAGCCACUUACAGCAGGAGAUUUAUGAGACUCUUCAUGGAAAGACCAGCCCAGAACAUGUUGCCAUCUUUGGUAAUGCUGUCCCAGCCCAGAAGAGAGAGUGGACGAGGAUUCUCAGCAGGAACUGCAGUGUUUCAGCUAUGCGUUGUGUCAUACCAGUUUCCCUGGAGAUCCAGGUAUUGUGGGCAUAUAUAGGCCUCCAGUCCAACCCACAAGCUCAUGUGUCAGGAGCCCGGUUCCUAUACCAGUGCCAGUCCAUAAAGAAUUCCCAAAAAGUAACAGAAAUACCUUUGACAACUGUUGUGACCUUUGUGGACAUUACCCAGAAGCCAGAUCCUCCAAGGGGCCAACACAGAAUAGACUGGAAACUGCCAUUCGACUUCUUUUUUCCCUUCAAAGUGGCAUUCAGCAGAGGAGCAGACUCUCAGAAAGACUCAGCUUCUCCCAUCCUUAUCCUGUGUCUCUUAGUACUUGGAGUUCUCAAGCUAGAAACCAAGUGAAACAAGAAGAAUCAGAUUUUAAUUUUCCCUAUGGGAAGUUCUGAGACAGCCUACUUAUCUUGGCUAAGUAGAUCCAUACCUGCUCAUGACCAGAGGAGAGUAUUUUAAGAUAACAGAGGACCUAACUGAAGGAAUGUUUGUAUGUGAAAGAAGGGAUUUUUCGAAAAGCAAUAAAAAUAGCUUCUUUGUCAUGGCUCUCUGCUUAGGACUCUGCAGACCACCAAGUACACAUUAGGUUCUUCUCAAGCUAGGAAGAACACAAAGAGCCCUUCCUGCAGCCCUUCAGGUGGUGUUAUGCCUCACUAAAGUUUUGCAAGAUCUUCAUCCAUCUGCUCACAGGCACAGUUAGACCCAGCAUAGAAAGGAACAUGUUCUUGCUGUCCUCUGGAUGAACUUGGGAAUAGAUGCUCUCUGGACUUAAGAGGAGCUGACUGUUGGGAACAGAAAACUGCUGGCUAAGGAUUUCAUCUGGCUUCUCUCCACUCCCUUGGGCCACACUCUGCUGGAGCAUGAGUGAGGAGAGCAGUUCUUUCUAGUCAGUUUCCAAAAUGAAUGUGGAAUCCCAGCCCCCCCUUUUUACUAGCAAAUGAUCCUACCAGUCAUUUCUGUAUUUUUCCUCCCUUCCAUUGUGGUGAGAGAAAUAAAACUGAUUGAGAGCUUUGUUGUACUAAUUCCAGCAACCAACAGAAGCUGACAUGUGAUCACCUUAUGAUUUAUUUAUCUAUGUGCAUGAGGCUUAAAAAGAGGGGGGAAAAAACCUUUCAUACAUAGCACAAUAGCAUUCAAAUCUAAGUACUUGGGUUCUUUUCCUGGGAUUGGAGCUAACAUAGCAGGAUAGGUAAGAUUGGGAGGGAGCGUGGAAGGGUGGAGGUGAUACCAGGAGCCAGAGGGUUGGGAUCCUAAAGUGACUAGUAGAAACACUGAAUGGGCAAAAUAGGUGCUAAGACGGGGUAAGUAACAUGUGAGCUCAUUAUAUGAGGACUUGAAAGCCAGGCAGAGAGAACUGGGAGAUAGUCUGUUUUUUUCCACAAUGUAUUAAUUAUCUGAAUCUAGAACUGCCUUUUAAUAAAACAUACACUUAGUUGUAAUAAUCCUACUUCAUGAGCAGAAAAUGCUAAUUGUAAAAGCCGUCUCUGACAGGUUUAUCAUUUUGCCCACUCCAAAGUACCCUGAAAGUAACCUACCUCCCUGGAGGAAAGUGGCAAAGUUCUUGUAGCAGUUACUACCAAACGAGGAGGAAGUGUUUCUAUACAAGGGAGAUUCUGCACAGGGGGAGUUGGGAGCUGGGAAGCUGAUGGCAUGGUUCCCACUAGAGUCCAUUAUGUAGAUGUUAAUGUGAAUUCAGCAACCCUGCCUCCAAAGAGGCCUGUACCAAAACAGACCACAAAGCUACUAGAGUAUUUAGGGUCUCCAGUUUGGGCUUCUUAAAGGGGAAUAAACUUAUGUGACAACCCUAUAUUACGGCGUAGGAGACAUCUAAUUUACUCCCAACAGCCUACAAGUCCUUCUUAGAAUCUGGUCCCUCUAUUUCUUCAUUUAUAUGCUUAUUCCCAUGCCCGGGUGCUAUGAAACUAUUCUGUGCCUCUACCAAAAAAUUUUAAAUAUAACUCAUACACCAUAAAAGUCACCCUUUUAAAGUAUACAAUUCAGUGGUUUUUAAUAUAUUCAGAUUUAUGUAACCAUCACCACUAAUUCCAGAACAUUUUCAUCACCCUAAGAAGAAAGCCCAUAGUGAUUGGCAGUCACUUCCCAUUUCCCCUUUCUCUUGGGUUCCUAGCAGUUACUAAUCUAUUUUGUCUCUAUAUAAAUUUGCCUGUUCUAGACGUCUCAUAUAAAUGGAAUCCUACAAUAUGUGACCUUUUUUGUCUGUACUUCUUUUGCUUAGCAU